CCUGACUAGGACAUGCCUUCCCCUGAGAAACCUUGGACAGCAGGAUUUGCUUUAGUAUCUGAUUGGGACAACUCACAGAGACGCUUCCAGUCAUGGAUUCAGAUCAAGAUGUAGCAUUCAAACUUGCCCAGGAGCGAGCUGAAAUAGUUACUAAAUAUGACAGGGGACGAGAAGGUGCAGAGAUUGAACCUUGGGAAGAUGCUGAUUACCUUGUUUACAAAGUCACAGAUAGAUUUGGCUUUUUACAUGAGGAAGAGCUCCCGUAUCAUAAUGCAGCCAUGGAGCGGCAAAAGCACCUGGAAAUUGAAAGAACUACCAAAUGGCUGAAAAUGCUGAAAGGAUGGGAGAAAUACAAGAACACUGAGAAGUUUCAUAGAAGAAUUUACAAAGGAAUCCCGCUCCAGCUCAGAGGUGAAGUCUGGGCUCUCCUUCUUGAAAUCCCUAAAAUGAAAGAAGAAACAAGAGACCUUUAUAGUAAAUUAAAACACAGAGCCCGGGGCUGCUCACCUGAUAUCAGGCAAAUAGACCUGGAUGUGAACCGCACGUUUAGGGACCAUAUCAUGUUCAGAGACAGAUACGGUGUUAAGCAACAAUCCCUAUUCCAUGUUCUUGCUGCAUAUUCUAUUUAUAACACGGAGGUCGGGUAUUGCCAGGGGAUGAGCCAGAUCACAGCUUUGCUCCUCAUGUACAUGAACGAGGAAGACGCCUUCUGGGCCCUGGUCAAACUCUUCUCAGGCCCCAAGCAUGCCAUGCACGGCUUUUUUGUCCAAGGUUUUCCUAAGCUCUUGAGAUUUCAAGAACAUCAUGAAAAAAUACUGAAUAAAUUUCUUUCCAAGCUUAAGCAACAUUUGGAUUCUCAAGAAAUCUACACAAGUUUUUACACAAUGAAAUGGUUUUUUCAGUGUUUCCUUGAUCGUACUCCCUUUACACUAAAUCUCCGAAUAUGGGAUAUCUACAUCUUUGAAGGAGAACGAGUUCUUACUGCCAUGUCUUACACAAUCUUAAAAUUACACAAAAAGCAUCUAAUGAAAUUGUCUAUGGAAGAACUUGUAGAAUUUCUUCAGGAGACCCUAGCAAAGGAUUUUUUCUUUGAAGAUGAUUUUGUAAUAGAACAACUUCAGAUCUCUAUGGCGGAACUAAAGCGGGCAAAAUUAGACCUUCCAGAACCUGGUAAAGAGGACGAGUACCCUCGGAAGCCCCUGGGGCAGCUGCCCCCUGAGCUGCAGUCCGGGGCCGUGAACCACCUGAGCAACGGACAGAGCAGCGUGGGCCGGCCCAGCCCCCGCGGCGGCAGCCGGAGGGACGGCGGGGCGUCGCCGCGCAAGAGGCAGGAGCCCUCGCCCCACCCUCAGAGCCGGACUGGCACGCCUUUUCGGGGCCGUUGUCGGGUGCGUGUCUUUUGGCGGCGGUUCUGGGCGCCUGUGCGCACGCGCGGACGAGCCCUGAGGGAGCGCUUUAAAAGCCGCUUUUAA